AUGGCCUGGCUGACCAGCGUGCUUCAGAGCGCCCCUUCCGUCACCAGCUCGGUCGUGGCGGGCGCCAUUGGCGGGCUGGCCGCGGGCGGGCGCUGCGACUGCCACUGCGAGUGGUCAGCGGCCCCUGACCAGGGCCUCCUCCAGCUGCUGCAGCGGCAGCUGGAUCGCUGCGGCCCCGAGCAGCUCCACGGGCAGGUCUGCCCUGCUCUGCCGCCACCGCUGGUGGCCACCCUGGCGCUCGUCGGAGUGGGCCUCUUCACGGGCGUGCUCUUCGGCGCGUGCCUGGAUGGCUGGCGCCAAGGCGAGCCGCGGCCGGAGUGGUUCCCACAGCUCCAGCGGGGGUCUCGAGUCCUGGCGCGGUACGAGGGGUACCCACUAUGGCACGAACGGCUGCUGGUCGCCCGCUUGGCGCCAUCACGGUGGGUGGUGGCGACGCCUAGCGGCGACAUCUACGAUGAGGACCUCAUGGAGAGCGACGGGGUGCAUCGAGUUGGGCCGCGGGGGGGCCUCGGCGCCGGCAUGGCGAACGCUGAGGUGCUCAGGUUCGUCAACCUCACGGCGCCGGAGAAGCGAGAGCUGCUGGAGGGCGGCGAGGACUACGUCCGGGACAACGAGGGCGACCCCGACAUCGACGCCGAGUCGCGCCAGGUCCUUGUGGCGCAGCACGUGCUUCCUCCUCGCGGCGGUGCUGGCCCUGAUGCGGGCGUGCCCGCAGCGGCCCUCCCAGGGGCCGCCGCCGGCGUGGCCUGGGUGGCCGCCGAGUCCCGCCGCGGCUUCACCCUCGGCCGGCUGCUCGCCCCCGGCGACGGCGGUGUGUUCGCGGUGCCCAGUGUUGGCGAGCGGGACCUGCGCAGCCUCCCCGUGCGCUUCGACAGGAACAACCGCCGCUUCAGGGAGUAUUGCGACGCGGCGGUCUGCCUCUUGGAGACGGCGCGGGCUGGCUGGUCAGUGGCCUGGCCUCGCACUUGCAAGUGGCUCCUCCGGGCGAUCCGCGACGCGGGCUGGACGCCCGCGCAGCGCCACUUCUGGUGGCGCAACCUGCCGCAGGUCUCGCCGAGCGACGCCGGGGCGGAGGAGCGCGCCUACAUCUCCGAGGUGCUGGAGAGGGCCUGCGUCUUCGACCAGCUCAACUGCUCCGAGCUGGAGACAUUCGAGGUCCUCUGGAGGCGCUACCAGCUCUGGGAGGAGCUGCGCGCACCCGAGCUCCACCGGGCGGCCGAAGCGGGCGAGGAGGGCGACGGUUCCUGGCUCCGCGAGCGCCGCGUCUUCCUGGGGAGCUCGCAGAGCAAGGGCGCGGCGCUGGUCUGCCCGGCGCUCGAGGAGCACGCGGCGGGCAAGCUCGCCCAGGUGGUCGGCUACGGCAUGGCGCGUGGCCCUCAGCGCCCUGACGACCGCCCUCGCGAUCUGCUGCCCUUCCCGGGCGGGCAGGCCAUCGACGAGCUGCUCCUCGGCGCGACGGGCGGCGGGCUCUCCGCCGCGGGCAAGCGGAAAGCCAGGCGGCGCCGGGGCGAGGGGGCGUGGCUCUGUGCAGGCCUGGACGCGGUGAGCGAACUGGGAGGCAGCGGCAGGGCGUCCAGCGAUGCCCAGGUGACCGCCGCCCAGGGCAGCGGCCUUCUCUGCGACCCCGCGGAGGCGCAGGCGGCGCUGCACGCGCUCGGGCCCGCCAUGGCCUUGGGCCCCGUGCUGAGGCUGAGGGGCUUCACGUGCGGGCGCUUCCUGGCGGAGCUCCUGGACAUGGGCAUCCUGGAGAAGGCCACCGUCGUCAAGGAGACCGCGGGGGCCUUCCUCGUCAAGCGCAAGGUCUGCUUCUACCAGUGCGAGCUGCCCGCCAGCCUGCGGCCGCUGUUCGUGGCCCCGCCGAUUUUGGCGCGCUGCCAGCCUGCCAGGCGGCGCAAGAGGCUGGAGCUCGCGGACGUCGAGCGCGCCUUCCAGGCGCGCGUCGUGCCGAUGGGCUGGGGGGCGCUCUCCAAGACAGGCCUCGGGGGCUCCUCCGCGGCCGUGGGCCUUCCCGAGCACCAGUGGGUCGGCCGCGCUCUCCUCGAGCUGAAGGAGCGCUGA